CUGUAUAAAAAGGUCGGCAGCCAAGGACUGCCUUCAUCGUCUCUCUUGACUCUGUUCACCCUCCAGUAACAAGCACAGAAACAGCUGUCACCCUGCAAAUAUGUCCGUCGGAGGCGGUGGGAACGUGUGCUAUGCCAGCUGUCCAGCAUCCACAGUGACAAUACAGCCACCACCCUUUGUCCUAAAUAUUCCAGGACCAGCACUCUACUGCCCUGACCAAAACUUUGGCAUUGAGCAAUACAACCCAUGCGCAGGCUAUGGUAGUGCAUAUGGAGGCAGCGGUGGUCGUGCUAUUGGUAGCAGUGGUAGUAUGGGCAUAGGUGGUGGUAUGGGCGGAGGAGGAGGUUAUGGAGGCCUUGGUGGUGGUAUGGGUGGAGGAGGCGGUUAUGGAGGCCUUGGUGGUGGUAUGGGUGGAGGAGGCGGUUAUGGAGGCCUUGGUGGUGCAGGUGGAAGUCUGGGAGGCCGUGGGCUUGGUGGUUUAGGUGCAGGUGGCAGUUUGGGUGGUGGAGGAGGCUAUGGGGGCAUGGGUGGUGGUUAUGGGGGUGGAAGUAUGGGGGGCCGUGGUGGGGGUGGUUUAGGCGGGGGUAGCUUGGGUGGUAGUGGUGGCAUUGGUGGAUCUAGUGGACGUCGAGGCAGCAUUGGUGGUGGCGGCGGGGGCGGACGUCGAGGCAGCAUUGGUGGUGGCAGCGGGGGCGGACGUCGAGGCAGCAUUGGUGGUGGCAGCGGGGGUGGACGUCGAGGCAGCAUUGGUGGUGGCAGUGUGGGCGGACGACGUGGCAGCAUAGGUGGCGGCAGUGUGAGCGGACGACGUGGCAGCAUAGGUGGUGGCAGUGUCGGUGGUGGCACUGGUGGAACUGGAGGCAGUGUGGGUGGUGGAGGAGGAGGACGCAGAAUCAGCGGGGGACGCCGAUACAGUGGCAGUGGUGGCUACAGCAGUGGCGGAUAUGGUGGAAGUGGCGGAUACAGCAGUGGCGGAUAUGGUGGAAGUGGUGGAUACAGCAGUGGCGGAUAUGGUGGAAGUGGUGGAUACGGCAGUGGCGGAUAUGGUGGAAGUGGUGGAUACGGCAGUGGCGGAUAUGGUGGAAGUGGCGGAUACGGCAGUGGCGGAUAUGGUGGGAGUGGCGGAUACGGCAGUGGCGGAUAUGGUGGAAGUGGCGGAUACGGCAGUGGCGGAUACGGCAGUGGCGGAUACGGCUGUUAUGGUGGUGGAUACGGUGGUGGAUAUGGUGGCAGAAGUUAUGGCACCAGAAGGAUUACAUACUCUGGAGGACGCAGAAGUGGAUAUGGUGGAGGCGGCUACAGCAGCAGGUCUUAUGGCGGCUCCUUUGGUGGAACCUUGGCGCUGCUGCCUAGUACCGCAUGCUACACCUGCUACUGAACCCAGAGGAAACAACCCAAAGCUCACAGGACAACCACAGAAACCAAAGAUGAACAACCCAAAGCUUGAAGUUGCAGGAGUGGACUUGUGGAAACCCUUCGCCUUCUGUCACCUGCUGAUGCAAGCUCCUUGAACUGAAUGGUCAGCGAAUCCACACUUGAACUCUGUGUGCAUUUUCCCACAAUUGCACACAAGAAGAAAUAACUCGUAGUAAAAUCCUCUCCAGGCUAUGUUGCUUUCUACAAACUUCACGACUAUGACUUGAAGCUGGUUCGGGAGAGCAUAUAAGCCCACCCCCUUUUCUCUGCUCUGAUGAUGAACAACCCACAACUGCUUUGAACUGUAUCCACUGUAGUCUUGUGACUGUUUCCAUAACCAAUGAAGCAAUAGUGCAGAUUGACAAAUCAAUUGCAUUCUAAUUUAUCACCCCUUUCCCUGCUGAAAAA